CUAAACAGUUUCAGUGUUUUGGUGCAUCCAACUUCCAAGUCCACUGAGUCCCAACCAUGGUGGCUGCCAUGAACUCCCUCUUCCUGUUCCGUGGCCCUCUGACUAUAAGAGCUCUGGCUUUUGUCAAAGCUUCCAAUUCCAUCCCAAUAAGAAGCCUUCCUCUAUUUCAUCGCCCCCCUUUUAGCUUUCGCAGAACCAUGUCCUCUACCGGUGCCACAAAUGAUGAAGAAACUUCUGCUCGAGUAGCUGCAGCAGAUGCUGAUACUGGAGGACCAACCAUAUAUGACAAGAUUAUUGCAAAGGAAAUUCCUUCCACCAUAGUAUAUGAGGAUGACAAGGUUCUGGCAUUUCGAGAUAUCAACCCACAGGCUCCAGUGCAUGUUUUAGUCAUACCAAAAUCAAGGGAUGGGUUAACACAGCUUGGCAAGGCUGAAAAAAGACAUGGAGAAAUACUGGGUGAGCUUCUCUAUGCAGCCAAAAUUGUGGCCGAAAAAGAAGGCAUUGUCGAUGGUUUUCGUGUUGUUAUUAAUAGUGGGCCAACAGCAUGUCAAUCCGUCUACCAUCUGCACUUGCACGUACUUGGUGGAAGGCAGAUGGCAUGGCCACCAGGCUGAGAUCAGGUUUUUCUUUACUUAUGAUAGAGAGAGAGCGAGAGAGAGGGACAGAGCGGGAGUACCUUCUUCAAAUUCCGUUGAAAUUCCAAAAUCCUCUCUGUGCUUACUGUCCUGAGCAAUUUCACCAAGUAUCCUGGCUGCACAGCGGUAUUUGUAUCGACAAAAAUUGCAACUUUCCUGUAGUCUAUGACAUCUUCAAAAGGCAACUCGAUAUAGUCGCUUACAACAACAGGUAUACACAAGCUCACAAUAGCAUCAAAAAGCCGACAAGCUGAUGGAGUAUCACCCGCUGGAUGCAAACAGAACUUUGAAGUGUGCAUCCCUCUUGUUGCCUCUCUGCGAGAUUCUCUGGACUGUGCACCGUGUUUUAUGAUAACAUCUUCUUCAUUCUCAAGCAGUUGGAACAGCAAGUCACGGACCUUUCCCCCCUGGAAUUGCAAUAUUGGAAGCUUAGCAAACGCUAAUCAACCGACAUGACUUUAUCAAAA